AUGGAGAAAACCUCGUCUGACGGCUCCUUUUGCAUCACCAUAGACAAGGAAUCUCUUCCCGAGGGAGAAUCCCCUUUGGCAAUCAAACAGUUGAAGAAAGUUGCAAGAGAAGGCAUUGCUCUGGCUGGAGGUCCUGCAGCCAUCUUGCUCCAGAUUUCUCAUCCAAAGGUAGACAAAGCACACUCUCGAGUCAAAGGAGGCGAGAAGGACAACGCCUACGAUGCGAUGGACCACGAACUUCAACUUUGGGUAGCCGCUACAGUCUACACCUCCAUGGUUAGCAUGUAUGAGCUGAUUUACGGGCCUCUUCCUCCUGAUAUGGGUGAGCGCGUCUACCAAGCGUACUCUAUCAUGGGCACAUUGCUGCAAGUUCCCCGUGAAAUCUGGCCAGCUAAUCUGCCCGCGUUCAGGGUGUAUUGGAGGGACAUGGUCGAGAAUCACCUCGAGAUCACUGUCGAUGCACGCAUGGUUCUCGAAGUUCUCUGGCAUCCCAAUGGCAUCCCGUUCUGGAUCAAGCCUGCUGUUUGGGUUGCCAUGCCCUUCAUCCGUCGUACCACGGCCGAGCAACUGCCACCUGCCAUACGCGAGCAGUUCGCCCUACGUUCCACCAAAUCCUCGCGAGCUAUGACUAGUCUUUUAUCACCGGAAUGUCUGGUGUGUAUUCUUUGA